AUGAAGAAGGUCCACAAGUCCACCGGAACCGAUGACAAGAAACUCCAAACUGCCUUGAAGAAGAUGAACGUUCAGCCCAUCCAGGCGAUCGAGGAGGUUAACAUGUUCAAGGAAGACGGAAACGUCAUCCACUUCGCUGCCCCUAAAGUCCAAGCUUCCGUUCCCAGCAACACGUUUGCCAUCUACGGUAACGGUGAGGAGAAGGAACUGACCGAACUUGUCCCUGGUAUCCUCAACCAACUUGGCCCUGACUCCCUUGCUUCCCUCCGCAAACUAGCUGAGAGCUACCAGAGCAUGCAGAAGAAGGAAGAAGGCAAGAAGGACGAUGAGGACGACGAUGAUAUCCCAGAGCUAGUUGAGGGCGAGAACUUUGACAGCAAAGUCGAAUAA